GAUAUCUGUCUGACAGAAUGUAGUUCUCAAAUGAUAUAUGACAAGCAUGAAAAAUUGCACGUUAAUACCGAAUCGUUACAUCCAUACAAGUGUCAUCUGUGUGGCAAGAUAUUUGAUCUGAAAGAUAAUGUUAAGCAGCAUUACUUGCAAGAUCAUCUUAAAGUACAGAAUCUACAGAACACUGUUGUUCAAAUUAAUUCUCCUAUAAAAACAAUAGUUCCUCAACAAACUGAUUAUUCAUGUACAAACUGCAAUAUUAAUUUCACAAGCGACCAAGAUUACAGGAAUCACAUAUGCUCUAAUGGAAAGAAAACAAAUAUUACAUGUAACAUUAACAGCGAUAUUAAGAAGAUAAUAUCUGUACCGAAUCCUUUAACUGGGAGUCAAAUAGGAAUUCUUCAGGCGGUAAAAUUCAGUUGUCGAGUGUGCUCUAAAGAGUUCGAUAACGUUAAGGAAGUUGAUUUGCACACGAGGACUCACUUAGAGGAUCAGAGUAACAAGUGCGAGUGAUAGAGAUUCAGGACUGUGAAGAGGAAGAUUACCAUGAAUAAAGUGAACGAAUGGAUGAGUGAACGAAUGGAUGAGUGAACGAAUGGCGAUAAUAGUGUCCUUUGAGAUGCCGCGGAUGCUCUCGUGAAACGUGCGCAGAAUGAUCUUGAUUUUUACAAACCAAAGGAACGUCCAGAAGUCAACGGCAGCACGUAAGAGGCACCUGGGAGAAGGAAAACCCGCCCCCGGUGCCUGGGGCCCAAAAGGUGCCGACAACGGCAACCCGCUGCGGAACAAUCGCGCCGACAUUCAUGUAUCGCCCACUGUCAACGGGAACCACUUCAAACGUAGCCGGCCUCAAUGUGUUUAUUUGGCCAACGUCAAAUUUACUCGUGGAAAAGGGGAGCUCGAAUCGAUACGCGCCGUACCGUCACGGAUGUAUACAGCGACAUUUCGCCGUCCUAUUCCUCUAUCGCUCGAGAAGACAGUUUCGAUCGUUUUGUAUCACGAAGAAUUCGUUUCGCAGUCACGGGGCGUGGCUCGUGCAACCCUGUUGUAAGUUUUUGAUUUUCAUCAUGCUUAAGUCGAGCACGGGUGUAAUCCGAUUGCUGUCGUCGGUGUCGGUUCAUGCGAAUAGAAUAAGAAUUUGAAGGUUCUAUGGA